GGAGAAACGCAGAAAGAAAGACGGAAGGAAGGGUGUGGACGCUGAGCCGAGCCAGCGUGAAAAGCCGUUUGUGUUGAUAUGAAGGUUGAUUUUCUGUCUGUCCUGUGUCGAUCCUCGGACAUGGAGAGACAGGUGUGUUUCCUCCUGCUGCUGCUGGCGGCGCUGAACUCUGCUUCAGCCGGACGUGAGGAGCGAUACCAGGCGGCUGGUGGAACCCUCGUAAUGGCGCCUCCUUACUCUGGUCCUAUCACCAACAUCCUGUGGAAACAUAACGGCAAUCUGGUGGUUCAAUGGCUGAGUUCUGGGUUGGAGUACUACGGCAGGUUUAAAGACCGAACAACCCUGGACACAACCACUGCCAAUCUGGAAAUCACAGGCAUGAAAGAAGCUGACUCAGGGCUGUACACGGUGGAGAUCAACUUCGUGGCCCAGGAUCAGGAGUAUGAUGUUAAAGUCAUCAAGAACGUGUCUAAGCCUGGCGUAAAGCCAAGACCACUGACUUGUACCUCUGACUCAGAGAGCUGUGUUUUGGUUUGUAAUGGAGACACUACAGGAGCUGAACCUGUCACCUACAGCUGGAGGAAGGGAGACGGAGGGUGGAUUACAGAGGGAAAGAUCAUGACCAUCAAGAAUGAUGAGGAAACAAGAAGAUUUGAAACGUUCUCCUGCCAGAUGAAGAACCCAGUCAGUGAGAAAGAGAGUGAUCCCUACAAGAAUCCAUUUUCUGAGAAACAAGACGGCUCUUCAGUGGGGCUUGUGGUGUAGGUCCUCGCUGCCGUAGGUUUGACUGGGGGUGGGAUUGAAACGUUCUCCUGCCAGAUGAAGAACCGAGUCAGUGAGGAAGAGAGUGAACCCUACAAGAAUCUGUUCUUACAAAGAAUCCAGAUCCUGGACCAAUGUUUUAGGAGUUGUCAUAAGAUCGCUGGCAUCUCUGGGGCUCCUGGGGGCUGUUAUCUUCUUCUUUUUCUUCUGGAAAAAUCAAUUUGAUGGGGUAACUGAUCUGUCCAUGUCAAUGCAGAAAAGAUGAUGAUAAAGCAGCUGAAAGUGGAAGCAUGUCAGUUCUCCUGUCAUGGAAAGGAAAAGCAGUGUGGCAGUUAAAUAUAACAUAAGAAAGCAAGGUUUGUUUCUUAUUAUUGCUUUGAA